CUAUUUGCUAUUCAAGAAAAGUAAUGGUCCUGAGAACCUCCUGUUUUUUUAGAUGUGAUUUUAAAUUUUGUGACUAUGAAGAUGGAAAUCAAAACCUACUUACCUGAUUUUGUAGAAAAUGCCAGGGGCAAUGGAGCGACUUGAUAAAUUGCGUAUGUCAGCUGUGCUUAAGCUGGAGUCGGCUUUGGACAGAGAGCGAAUUUCCAGGAAGAUCCCCCCAGAGGCUGCUCCAGUCUCUCUAACCUGGUUUAAUGCAGCCAGACCCAAGUUCGUCCUCCUUGGCACUGUUUAAUACAACCACCAACGCUGUGGCUCAGUGUGAAGCUGAUCCAGUGGAGAAUGUAUUUGAACAGGAUCUUAAGAUCAAGUUUUACAUCGGUUCCGGGUCCACAUCUCCGUCCUCACACAGUGGAGACGAAGCCGACCCGGUUAAGAUUACAGAUUCUGCUCACCUUCCAGUUCACACCCCAACAAUAAAGAGAAGAGACUGUCACAAUAGAACCCUCUUUCCAACAAAGAAUAAGACCCACCGGUUUUUCCUCACAUCCUUUACGGCCCCUACCAAGUGCCACCAGUGCACGUCUCUGAUGGUGGGUUUGGUAAGACAGGGCUGCUCCUGUGACGUAUGUGGGUUUUCAUGUCACACAACCUGUGUGGAAAAAGCUCCAAGAGCUUGUCCAGUGCCUUUGCAUCAGAAGAGAGGCACCUUCUGUCUAGACCCACAGAAAGGCAUGGGAACAGCCUAUGAAGGCCACGUCUGGAUCCCAAAGAAAGCAGGAAUGAAAAAAGGAUGGCAGAGGGUACUGGCUAUAGUUUGUGACUUCAAACUCUUCCUGUAUCAUGUGGAUGAAGAAAAAGACUCAAAACCCAAUGUUGUAGCAAGUCAUGUGAUUGACUUAAGGGAUGGAGCAUUUUCUGUCAGUUCAGUCUGGCCCUCAGAUUUUAUUCCUGUAAAGAGAAGAGAAAUGCCUCGUAUAUUUAAAGUCACAGCUUCCCAGCUCUCCACGCCUAGUGACAGAUAUUCAGUCCUGGUAUUAGCAGACAACGAGAAUGAGAAGAGUGAGUGGGUGGGAGUGCUGAGUGAGCUGCACGAGGUGCUGAGGAAAAGCCAUCCCCGAGACCGCUCAGUCUAUGCUCCGAAAGAGGCUUGUGACCGCCAUCUGCCCCUGAUCAAAACCACCCAGACAGCUGCAAUCAUAGAUCACAAAAGAAUCGCUCUGGGAAAUGAAGAAGGGCUGUUUGUUGUCCACGUUACCAUCGACGAAAUUGUUCGAGUGGGUGACAUGAAGAAGAUUCAUCAGAUUGAGCUCAUCCCCCAUGGCCAGAUGGUUGCAGUGAUCUCGGGGCGAAGUCGCCACGUGUGCCUGUUUCCCAUGUCAGCUCUGGAUGGACAAAAGACUGAUGUUCACAAACUGGCAGAAACCAGAGGGUGCCAGACCAUGGCUUCCGGAACAGUGUGCCAGGGGGCUCAGACGUGCCUCUGUGUAGCUAGGAAAAGCCAAGUCUUCUGCUAUGAGCUGUUUCAGAGCCAGAAAAUGUCUCACAGGAAAUUCAGAGAGCUCCAGACCCCAGCCAACGUCCAGUGGAUGGCCGUCUGCAGCGAGCAGCUGUGUGUGGGAUUCCAGUCGGGGUUCCUGAGAUACCCCUUGAGGAGAGAAGGAGCUCCAUGUAGGAUGCUGCACGCGCACGACCCGACACUGUCGUUCAUUGCGCAUCAGCCGGUGGAUGCUCUCUGUGCCAUUGAGAUCUCUAGUAUUGAGUAUCUGUUAUGUUUUAAGAGCAUUGGAAUUUACACGGACAGCAGGGGCCUCAGAUCUAGGCCAACUGAGCUGAUGUGGCCAGCAGUUCCAACCUACUGCCGUUACAAGGCCCCGUAUCUCUCGGUGUACAGUGAAAACGCGGUGGACGUCUUUGACGUGAACUCCGUGGAGUGGAUCCAGACCAUCCCCCUCAAGAAGGUUCGACCCUUGAAUAGUGAAGGAUCCCUAAAUAUUUUACUUUUGGAGACAGUUAGAUUAAUAUAUUUCAAAAAUAAGAAGACAGAUGGAGAUGAGCUGGUGUUUCCCGGACCAUCAGAGAAUCCUCAGAAGCAGGUGACCCGACACGUCUGCGGCAAGCGGCUUUCCUCCUCCAGGGUCCCCAGAGGGAAAGCGAAGCCGUCCUCGGGGCUGUGACUUCACCCCCUCGCGUGUGGGCCGGGGGGGCCCACCCGAUGACC